AUGGGCUCUCUCCCUCCACCGCUCCCAUUCACGGAUGAACAAGACAAGAAUCUAUCCAAAUCGAAAUUGGACCAAGCCCAUCUGACCAACCUCUUCAAAUGCCAGCAGACCUACCUCAACUACUUCUUCCACAAUCUCGACGCCACGCAAACCCUAGCCUUCACGCAGGCCCUCCUCGACGCCCGUGGAACCAUCUUCUUCACCGGUGUCGGCAAAUCGGGGUUCGUGGCCCAGAAGAUCUCGCAGACCCUCGUCUCCCUCGGCGUCAGAUCCGGGUUCCUUCCCCCCGUCGACGCGCUUCACGGAGACAUCGGCAUCCUGUAUCCCGGCGACCUGCUGGUGCUUUUCAGCAAGAGCGGGAACUCGGAGGAGCUGGUGAGGCUCGCGCCGUGCGCGAGGGCCAAAGGGGCUUACCUGAUAUCGGUGACGUCGGCGAGGCCCAAUGCGCUGAUGGGGUCGUGCGAUCUGAACGUCCAUUUGCCGCUCGAGCGCGAGCUGUGUCCGUUUGAUCUGGCGCCGGUGACGUCGACGGCCAUACAGAUGGUGUUUGGGGAUACGGUGGCCAUCGCGCUCAUGGGGGCGAGGAAUUUGAGCAAGCGGGAAUAUGCUGCCAACCAUCCAGCGGGGAGGAUUGGAAAAAGCUUGAUUUUUAAGGUGAAGGAUCUUAUGAAGAAGAAGGAAGAGCUUCCAGUAUGUAGGGAACAUGAUUUGAUAAUGGAUCAGUUGGUUGAGCUGACGAGUAAAGCAUGCGGAUGCCUUCUUGUUAUAGACGAUGAAUAUCAUUUGCUCGGUACAUUUACGGAUGGUGAUUUGAGGCGCACACUGAAAGCUAGUGGUGAAGGGAUUUUCAAGCUCUCGGUGGGCAAAAUGUGUAACAGGAACCCGAGGACAAUAAGCCCCGAUGCAAUGGCAGUCGAAGCUAUGCAAAAGAUGGAGUCCCCUCCAUCACCCGUUCAAUUCUUGCCCGUCAUUAAUGACCAAAAUACCCUCAUUGGCAUCGUUACCUUGCAUGGCUUGGUUUCUGCUGGUUUGUGA